UCGAGUAAGAAGUAGCUCAGCUAGCUCGUUGGUAAGAUGGUGAGGGUUGGGAGCCGCAGCCUGUGUUCCUGUGUUUUGGCGCCUCGCACAAAUAACCCACACUAGCCCGCCUGUUCCGCUGGUGGACGAGACGUGAUGUUUAAAAAGGCGAGAAGGUGUAAUUUCAGGCGGCGGAAUGAUUCGGAAGAUGAAGAGAAAGACGAGAUCCACACCGAGCAGCUCCAGAGCGCGGAGCAGCAGCCGGCGCCGUACGGGCCUGCAGCGGGGGCAGCCGUUGCAGCUGGCGGGGAAAGCAACGCUGUCAACAGCCACGGAAACGGCUUUCAGGCCGGCGCUGUGAAGACUGUCAAGGAGAAGAAAAAGAAGAAGGAGAGCCGUGAAGAGCCUAAAGCCAGCCUGCUCAGCUUUAACGACGACGAAGAGGACACUGAGGUUUUCAGAGUGAAGAAGUCGAACCAUAGUAAGAAGAUUGUCAAGCAGCUCAAGAAGGAGUACAGAGAGGAGAAAAGCAUCUAUGUGGCUCAGGAAGUAACCACGCGUCUUGAUGGUGUGCCCAGUCUGCCUAGUACAGGAGUUAAAAAUGAGCCAGCAGACAGCAGAGGUAGCAGUGAACAGGGCGAAGGUGAGAUGGAGGUGGACAGCAAUGAAGAACUGGAGGACGAGAGUGACGCAAAGUCUAGCGGUGGAGGAGCUUUCUCUCAGACUCUGUCUGCUCUCAGCUCCCUCAGACCAGGUGAGAUCCCAGAUGCAGCCUUCAUUCACGCUGCCCGUAAACGGCGGCAGAUGGCCCGUGAGCUUGGAGGAGAACCCCCACUAGUGGAAACGGAGGUAGCAAAUAAACGGCUGGUCCAUGAGGAUGAGCAGGGGGGAAGCGAUGAAGACGAGAAGAGGAUUGUGUUCAGUGGGGUCACACAGAAGAGCCAGCGGCAAAAAAUUGCAGAGGAGAUUGGUAUCGAGGGCAGUGAUGAUGAGGCUCUGGAUACUGAAGGUAAUGAUGAGGAAGUCAGUCGCUGGGAACAGGAGCAGAUCAGGAAGGGCAUAAGCAUCCCACAGGUCCAAACCAGCCAACCAGAAGAUGCAAACAUGUACUACCAAGGUGGAUAUGAGGGCCAGCCAUAUGGAGUGUCCUAUGGCAUGCCUUACGGAUAUGCUGCGGUUGGGGUAGACAGCAGCAAGUCAGUGAAGACUGAGAGCUCAGUGCCCUACCCCAUCCCAAGCAGCAGCCUCACCCCCAUCACCACAGCUCUGGUAAAGAAACGGCUCACGGACAGGCUGAGCUCCAUGCGCCAGGGCCGCGAUGCCAGUGCCCGGCGCUACGAGCAGAUCCAAGAGGAGCUGCAGGCCUCCAACAGCAGUAUCCUGCAGCUGGAGGAAUCCUCGCAGCACGCUGCCGAGCAGUACAAAUUCUUGCAAGAAAUGCGAGGGUAUGUCCGAGACUUGCUUGAGUGUUUCAGUGAAAAGGUGCCUGCUGUUCUGGAGCUGGAGGCUGCCAUGCACCAGUUACUAAGGCAACGGGCGGUGCGGCGCGUCCAGAGAAGACAGGAUGAUAUUAAAGAUGAAUCGGCGGAGUUUUCAAGCCUUUCAAGUAAGGCUGUUAUGGCCCCUAAUCUGGACCCUUUCGGACGAGACCGUGCAGCAUAUCAGGAGCUUAGCAAACAGAGGAGGGUAGCAGAGCGUGAGGCCAGGAGAGCACGCCGCAGACAAGCUCGAGAACAAAGUGGGAAAAGAACCGAACACAAAGAGGGGCUGUCCAGCGAUGACGAGGAGACCUCCACAGACAUAACCAGCUUUAACCUAGAGAGAGAUCGCAUUUUGAAGGAAUCAAAGAAAGCAUUUGAAGAUGUGAUAGAGGAUUUCCAUUCCUUGGACUGCAUCAAGUCUCGCUUUGAGGUGUGGAGGAAGCUUUACUUUACAUGCUAUAGAGACGCUUACAUCGGUCUGUGUCUGCCUAAACUAUUCAACCCCCUUAUCCGGCUGCAACUCAUUCCCUGGUCCCCUCUGGAGGACGACUGCCCAAACUUUGAGUACAUGUUAUGGUUUGAGUCUCUGCUGUUCUACGGUUGUGAGGAGCAGACCAACACACAUGAAGAAGACAUUGAUACCGGCCUGCUGCCUGCCAUUAUCGAGCGGGUAAUCCUCCCCAAACUUGCAGUGCUGGCGGAUCAGGUGUGGGACCCGCUGUCCCGCAGUGAGACUUGCAGGCUGGUGGCCUUUAUGCGGCGGUUGAUAAAAGGCUACCCCACUGUACUGCACGGGGAGAACCGCAACACACAGGAGCUGCUGAGGACCAUCGUCAUCCGUACACGACGCUCCCUAGAUGAAGACGUCUUCAUGCCACUGUUUCCAAAAAAUGUCAUGGAAAACAAGAAUUCUGGUCCGUAUUUAUUUUCCCAGAGACAGUUCUGGUCAUGUGUGAAGCUAUUGGGAAACAUCCUGCAGUGGGAUGGCAUCCUGUCUCAGAAUAUUCUGAAGGAGCUUGCUAUUGACAGCACACUAAACCGCUACAUUCUUUCAGCACUACAGAUGGCAGACGUUGGAGAGGACAGUGUGGAGAAAUGUCAGCGGGUGGUGGAAUGUUUCCCUGUGCACUGGUUCAGCACUCUGAAGGGCCAGCAGACUCUGCCAGAACUGGAGAACUUGUGCCGAUAUAUGAAGCACCUGGCCAGCUCACUGUACCGCUCCAGCCUCACGGCUUCUGAUGUGGAUAAGAGGAGUGCCAGGGAGCACAUUAAGGAAGUGGUGAAGGUCCUGGGUCGCCUCAAUGCUCUUAAUCAUGUAAUCGCUGUUGCAUCAGAACAUGGAAUUAAAGACAUAAAGACACUGCUGGAAAGUAAAUGAGAGGAACAGCGCCCUAGGAGCCAUGACUCAAACGGACUCUUUCACUGUCUGCUCCGUGUAUAUAUUGUGGAUAUUGUACAUGUCUGUGGGAUGGGAGUUUUUUUUGCUGUUUUUUCCCCCCUGUGCUGAGGGGUACACUGUUAUUCAGCUGGCUAUACCGAUGUAACCCCACAUUGAGAUUACAGUGCUGUGGUGUUUGGCUGUAAUCUAUGGUGGAUUGUUUUGAGGCAAUUUACACAGACCUUGGUGCUUGUCUAGAAGGAAACUAUAUAGAUCUCAAUCAGAAGAACAGUCAUAGGAGUGCUGAUUAAUCUACGCAAGGUGCUGGUCCAUUUCAGGUGGCUGGUCCAAUGUGAAGAAGAGCCUGUCAUUGUAUACGGAGGUGGGCUUCCAGUGGUGUCUUUAAAGAUCUGCUUGAACUGCUUCUGUCUGCUGUGUGAGACUCUCUGCUCCUGCUUUUUAUAUUGAAAUCAGUUCAGCUAGGAGCCAGUUCUUACAGCUCACGUGUUCCAUUUCCAAUGCAAAGACCCAGACUGCAUUAUCGUAAUGGUUACUAACUGCAGGAACCUUUUAAAACUCUUCAUGAAAUGUUCCCAUGUGCUGCAGUUCAGAUAGCACUUCUUUCUCCUUGGUUGUGUGCCAUACAUAAGUCUUAGCAAGUCAUUCAAAUGUGACCUCACUUCUGUUUGCAAUAACAGAUGUUCUGUGAAUUUU